AUGCCCGGUAGCUGGGAAGGCCAAUAUAUCAGACUUGAACUCAUCAGGGUAAACAAUCUUCCACUCCCUUCCAGGCGCAUACACACAGGCUUUUACGUCUCCAUUCAUGUCGAUUCGAGGUACUGGAGAUCACCCGUCCGAGUAGUAUCAUCUUACAAGUCCGAUGUGUUGGGCGAUAUCGUGAUUUUAUCAUUACACGAGGUAUGUGAAUUAUUGGUGGAGAUCAGGGUAUCCUAUGAGUUUGGUCGAAUGCUAGGCGAUAGGGAAGUUGUUGCAAAAUUCGAAACGUCGUGGGAUAAGCUACUCGAUCGCGGAGAUGAGCCUUUCGGCCAACAUCUCGUAGACAUCUCCUUCCCGCCCCAUUGUGGCGAUCACUCUUCCCUCACUCUGAAGGCCGCUAUUCUACAUCCUUGCGACAAUCAGUAUAGCACACUGCUUGACUCAAUCGUUGAAUGUGAGAUUGCUCGAGACACAGAUGCGGGCCAUGAACAACUUGCCACAUACGUGAUAAGCAAGACGGUCUAUCACCUGAACAAUGCUGUACAGCAUUUUCAGUUGGUCAUGGACAGUCUUCUUGACCCGGCGGCGGCUCUCACCAACUUCGCGUGGGUCCACCUCAAAGGCUACAUUCCAAACGAUCUUCAAGAUAUUAUCUCUUUCACUUCUCUGUUCUGCCAAGUUCUUGCAUUGCAUCUGCAGGGCUAUCCCGAUCACCCAUUAUCUAUCCAUCACUUCCUUAUAGCGUUGAUCUGCAAGCUAUUGCCCCUCUGUCCAGAAGGCACCUACCUUCGUAGCAUCGCGGCGGGGGUAUGUAGCGUUGAUUAUGUGAUUCGCGCAUGCAACAGUCUUCCAAUAGACGCAUCCGAUGAAGGCAUCCACCUUCGACGAAUAGUGCUUGAGAUCUGUCCUCUGGGCAACGACCACCGUCCAAAAGCACUCGGCAACCUUGCACAGGCUCUCGGAUCACGUUUUGAACAAUGCGGUAGCAUCGAUGAUCUAGACGAGUGCAUACGUCGUCGUCGUGAAGCCGUUUCUCUGUGCUGCGAGGGACAUUCUGAACGCCAUACCUAUCUAGAUAACUUGGCCUUGUCACUCACAUCCCGCUUCGAUUACCAAGGCAACUCUCGUGACCUCAACGAGGCCAUCUCUUUGCAUGAAGAAACACUGCGCCUGCGUCCUGUUGGGCACGAAUAUCGUGACUUUUCAUUGGACAACCUAGGAAUUGCCCUCUGCACCCGUGUCAUCCAACGUGAUAAUGUUAACGAUAUCAUCAGAGCCAUCAGCCUCCAGCGCGAGGCACUGACGUUGCGCCCGCCUGGGAAUCCAUAUCGUGGUUACACGCUUAACAACCUUGCUGGCGUGCUCGCAACUAGAUAUGAGAAAUCAGAUGCCAGCGAAGAUCUCAACGAGGCCAUUGACCUGUACCGGGAUUCACUUCAGUUACAGCAGUAUGGCCAUUCCAAUCGCCCUACAGCUCUUCGCAAUUUGAGCUUGGUGCUCUGUUCUCGUUUCACGCAAACCCAGAAGCAUGAAGAUAUCAAGGAGGCCAUUCGACUUUGCCAAGAAUCAUUUGCGUCUCUACCGCAACUCCAUCCCAACAGGUACUACUCCUAUUCCACGCUACGGGCGGCCUAUAUGUCUCGUUACGAAAUUCAGCACCACCCUACUGAUUUGUCACUUGCAGUGGAGAACUUCAGACUCGCAUCGCGACACCCCACCCAUGGCUUCCCAAGCCGCAUAAUUGAGGCAUAUAAUUGGACUGUUGCAGGGGAGCAGCAUGGUCAUGGAUCCACACUGGAGGCUUACUCAACAUUUUUCGAGCUUCUGGACGAUCAUUUGGCGACACGGUCAUCGACACUUUCACGGCGCGAAGCUGCUGCUGUCUUCCAUUACGCUAGAUCACUGCCUGUAGAUGCGGCAUCAUGUGUCAUCCGGAGUGACAAUCUACGACACGCAGUCGAACUCGUGGAGCAGGGUCGUGGUCAACAGUGGUCGCUGGCCUCACGGCUCAGAACUCCGUUGGAAGAUCUCGAGUCCAUGAAUCCCAACAUAGCUCACAAGUUCUCGGAGCUCAGCAGGCAUCUGGCUGACGCACAGGGUUGCGCUGACAGUGUUGAUCGAGCUGCUACUGAUCGGGCAGCAGUAGAGUACAGGAGGAUUAUGACGCAAUGGGAAGCUGCGGUAGCUGAAAUCCAUAAUCUUCCGAGGUUUCUCGCGGUACCUACUCCCACCUUCAUACGAAGACUUGCAAGCGGCAGCGCGUCAUGGCCCAGAGAGCCCCAUCAUGUUUCUUUGCCGUCUAUCACUCUCACAGAUCUAAAUAUUCUCAAGGAUCGCUUCGCCAGGGCAAUACGACUCGCAUCUCGGAUGGACCCAGCGAAGCCGAGGACGGAUCUAAUAGUACUCUUGCGGAUAGUAUGGGACCAGAUCAUGCUACCCAUCGUCAACGUACUCGAGAACGUCCUUAAGCUAAAGCGCCGCUCUCGCAUCUGGCUGUGUCCAACUGCAGCUUUCACGUCUAUUCCCCUCCAUGCAGCUCACCCCUUUCAAACAAAGGCAGAUGGCUCUGGGAAGGAGCCAUGCCUGGAGGAUCUCUACAUCUGUUCUUACACGCCGAAACUUUCGGCUCUGAUCAGAUCUAGACAGAUGAUGAAGCAACGUGUGCCUCCGUCCUUCGUGGCGAUCGGACAAGGUCAGCCGGGUGCGGGGAAAGGCAAAGCACUCUUGGCUGUCGACAGCGAGCUCGAAUUUGUCCGUAAGCUCGUCCCUGCGACGGCAAACGGCACCACUAUUUCUGGCGACGUAGCCACACGAUGGGAUGCACUCGAAGCUUUGCAGCUGAACACAUGGGUGCACCUUGCUUGUCAUGGCAAGCAGGACCCUGCGCAGCCUUACAAUUCCCAUUUUGUUAUGAGAGACCAACCUCUGACAUUGCUUGAUAUUAUGGACAGAGACAUUCCGUACGCCGAGUUCGCAUUCUUAUCCGCUUGUCAUACCGCUGUCGGCGAUAAGGAGACACCCGACGAGGUCAUUCACCUAGCAGCUGGUCUCCAGUUUUCGGGGUUCAAGAGCGUCAUUGGCACGCUAUGGGAGGUCGACGAUGCUGUCGCAAAACACGUUGUCAAAGCAUUCUACGAGAAUUUGUUCGGCGAUUUGGAGGACGGUGGUGUCAUGGACUGUACGAAAGCGGCCUGGGCACUCAACCGUGCUACCCACGCCGUGAAGACGAAAGUGCCGCUUGAACAGAGGAUGGUCUUCAUUCACAUUGGUGUGUAG